GCUGACAUGGUAUAUAAGGAAGUAGGACGCAACCAGUGAAGUCCUGAAAAACUUUAGUGCUUGGAUUUUUGUGUCUGGUCAAAAGUUUGGCCCAUUCCGUGGAGACAUUGUGUGUAUAUUUAUAGACUAGAUAAAAGUAUCUAACAAGUUGUGUGUGAUUCAAUCCGGAGACAAAAUAUGGAAAGGAAAUUGAAUGUCUCAAGCCGUAAACCUUUUUCGAAAGUACGGUCCAGUAGACGAAGACCAGGCUGCAUUCGACUCUUUGUGUGCCCUACCACCGGGGGUCGACUUGAAAUAUCCGUCUCACCACUGGAGACGGUCCUGGGAUUAAAAGCAGCACUGGCCAGAAAACUAAGGGUGUCACCUUCGAAAAUUUCACUCAUUUAUAAAGACAAAGUGUUAAAAGGAGGCUGCAUACAAGAUCACCAGAUUCCUGACGACAGCCACGUGACACUGCUGCCUAAUAUGGAGUCCGGAUUAAGCGUAAAUCAGUCUGAUAAAAGCAUCAUACAAGCAUUGGAAAAUUUAACAGAAACUCAGGUGAAUGACUUUUUAUCUGGCCGAAGUCCAUUGAUGCUGGCUAUUCGGAUGGGUGAUAACAUGGUCUUUGUUCAACUACAACUGUCCAUGCUACAAGGUCAGAGGCAGACUCAGCCAUGUCCCAGUGUGACUCCAGCAGCAGCAGCUGUUCUUUCUCAGUCAGGUCUAUCUCCAUCAGCUAUAGCAGAAGCUACCCGAUGCCUGUCUCAGAGAAUUCACAGGCUUCAAGAGAUCAAUCGCACAUCAACACUGAGACCUGAGCCUCCAGUUGUGCCACAGAACACUUCCAGCCCUUCCUCCAGGAAUGGCCCUACACAAGCAUUGAUGCAACAAUCUCAUCGCCCGCCAGCUCUUGCCAGGAUACCAGAUAGCUCAAUGCCCUCUCCUCCACCUAGUCCUGGUGCCGUUAUUGAUAGCAUGAAGCACUUAGGUCGUGGCAUUUACACUGGAACAUUUCAAGGAACACUAGACCCAUCUCUUCAAGACAUGCAUGGACAGCCUCGUAGGAAUGUUAGCACCAUCCUUCAUAUUUUGAAUGAUCUUCUGGUGGCUGCCCCUAGCAGUUCCACUCCAAACUUUGCUCCAGCCCCUGCACCUAAAGGUCCUCCUCCACCAGCUAACACUAUAUCAUCCCUCCUCAUGUCUCCCCCCAGUCCAACCUUCAAAACAAACUCUGCUCAACCUAGUGAUAACCCUGAAAAUAUUGCACUUAGAGGAAAAAUGCAGCAUAUCCAAAUGAUGUUAGCUCACAAAAAACAGCAGCGAAAAACUCGCAGAGAAAUGUGCUCCCCUUACACAGUGGUUCGACACACUCAGGAGCAGUCAUCAGUCAUCAAAGUUUCAAAGAGUUCUACUGUCACCUCCUCUUCCUCUGUAUGCAUGGCUGCCAAUGAUGGCAGCCCAGACCAGUCUAGCACUUACUGUAAACCUUCUAUUGAGCAAGACACAUUGGCUGUGUGAAGCACUGGAAGUCAAGGUUUCUGUCAGCACUUGUAAGAUGACUUUGAAAUUGUGUUCACCUUCAAACCCCAAUGAAGGUUGUACUUUGGUCAGGCAGUGCCUCAGUUGGCCACUGAUCAAAUAGGAAUGUAUUUUUUGUUAAAGAAGUUCACAUAAUGUUGGUUGUCUAUUACAGACAUUAUGGUCCAUUAUAACUGGUCAGCCCUAGCUAGAGAGCUUACAAAGGGCAGUAACAUGAAGUGUAAAUAUGAACUGUAAAUGUACCUAUAUAUUUUUUGUUGGUAGCUAUACCCUCUCUGUGCCUCUGAUGUUGUUAUUUUUAUAAGUGACCAGCUCAGCUACUCAGAAGUGAAAUAAAUGCAAUCCUCCAUCCCCUAAUUUCUUUUUAGUUUUUUUUUUUUCUAUUUGUAAAAUUAUUGAAUGAUUCUGGAUCUCAUUUCAAUUUUUUGUUUUAUUGCAAUGAUUCAUUAUGCAAAAGUAAAAUGUAAUGACUCAACCCGGCUUCCACCUUUUUAUAAAAACUUAAUGUUUAUCAAUAUUUUGUUUAAGUCAUGCAAAUCAGCAUUUUGUAAAUAAUUUAUUUUUGAUUCCAAUGAAGCAAAAAGAAAAAUGAAACUGCUUUAUUAUUACAUAUUGGCUGUGAUAUUUUGCUAGUUCUAUCCCCUCUCCUAUUACUAGAGGUUCAAAAUUUAAGGUUUAUAAACAAUUUUAUCAAGCAAGAAAAAUUAACUUUUUUCAACUUUCUGGAGUAGAUCAACUGAUGAUCCGUUACAUCAAUUUAUGUAACAGGUAUUAAGCAAUAUAAUAUUUGUAAAUAAGUCGCAUGGUCCCUGCUGACUGACCGAAAUGUUAGUAGGGUCAGAAUGAGGAGGCAACAAGAGGGUUUUAGUGUACUAGCAUUAGUUUUUAAAUGUGCCAUUAUGUGGCUCACUGGUUUGAUGUAACAUAUUAACUCAUUUGUUUUCAUAUCUUCAAAUCUUGUGAAUCUAUUGGUGAUUCUGGUGAUUUUAAACUUCAAAACUUUGUUUUUGUUUCCUAGUCAUGUAUAUUCAAAACAAGGUUGUCGUUAUUCAGAUAAUAUACUUAAACAAAAUUGUAUUACUUGUUCUCAACUUUUCCUUUAGUUUUCUAAUAAAAUGACUUAACACAAAUAUUCAAAUUCAUAUGUACAAAAUACUAAUGUAGCCUAAAGCAUUACUAUUACUAUCACCAUCAUUUAGAAUUAAUUUUUUUUAUUUUAAAAAAAUUGUAACUUUUGUUAGAUAGACUGUGUUGUUUGGCCUUUUGUCCAAAAUGUCAUAUUUUUUAUGUUUUUUCACACAGUUUAUUCAUUGUUUUUUUUAAAAAUUAUGGUAUGAAACUUUUUUAUUUCUUAGGAUAAACACUCACAGAAAUGAAGAUAUUGAAAAAAUACAUCUUUGUUAACUCUUUCUAAGACAGUGAAUGAUCCACAACAUAUACAAGCAUUCACUUUUUUUUAUGCCUGCAUCAGAAAAAUCAGUAGAAGAAUAUAGAACAAUACACGGGUGCUACAUUAGUUUAAUACAAUAUGUCACAUUCUCUGUAUCUUGAUAUAUAUAUUAUAAGUGUAAUUAUACUUUAGUCAAUGUUUAUUUGUUGUUUUUUUGAUCUCUGUGACACUUGUUUGACACAUUUGUUUUUCUACUUAUCAUACCAAUGUUGCCAGAGUUUAUUUGGAAUCAAAACUAAUCUCUUUUUUUCUUCAACAUUUAUCAGCAACAUAAUUUUUUUACCUAUUAAGUUCAUAUUUAUUGCGUUUUGUUUUGUUAUACUGUAUUUUCAAAUUUAUUGUUACAAGUCAAAUGGAAAUAUCAUUCACUUCAGAUUUAUUUCUCAGUUAAUUACCUGCAUAAAUCACUUUUUAAUAUCCUAGUUAUUAUACAAUUAAAGAUAAAGUCAAUUUUUGUCUGCUUUUGAAGAAAACACAAGUGUUAUGCAAUUCUGGACAAGGUGUCUGAGUGUUUAUGCUCUUGGCUUCUGAACCUGGGGUCCUGGGUUCAAAUCUCUCAAAUCUAGGACUUUGAAUUUUGGAUUUGUGGGCGCCUCUCUUAGUCCAUCCAACUCUAAUGGGUACCUGACUUAAGUUAGGAAAAGUAAAGGCAGUUUGUCGUUGUGCUGGCCACAUGACAGCCCGCUUGUUAACUGUUGGCCUAAGAAACAUAUGACCUUAACAUCAUCUGCCCUAAAGAUUCCAAGGUCUGAAAGGGAAACUUUGCUUUAUUUUACUGUCAUGCAAUCACAAUAUAGGUCAUUUUUGAACUCACAGUGCUGUCCUACCAGUCUACAUUAAAAUUAGAAUAUAAAAACUUAAUUAAUUAUGCCAGAGAGACAAAGUAUCUUCCAUUUAGUUUAUAGCUUUCAAUUCAGAUUUUUAAAAAUAUAUUUAUAUAUAUAUAUAUAUAAAUUCAAAACUUAAUUUAAAAAUCAUGCUACUUUUGUUAGGUCACACUGACCUCUGAUAUAAUUUAAUCAAUUUUUUUUUUUUUUUUUUUUAUAAUUUUAAAUACCAUCCUAGGUGUAUCCACUUAAUAAACACAAAAAGAAGAUUGUAUAAGUCUUUAGAGCUCAUUGUGUAUUUUCAGGUCUUAUUAAAUGUCAUUGCAAGAACAUACAACAUACAUACUAAUAAAGAAAUAUAUAACAUCAGCAAUGUUUUAAGUUAGUUCAAAAACCUUUAGAGAUUGACAGUAAUUUCUAAAUGACUUUAAAGAUCACUGUUUAAAACUCCAUUGAACUCCAAAGGAAGUGUAUAGGUGUGUUUGCUAGUGUCUGUGAUCAUCACGUAGAAUACAUUGAAUGUUCACAACUAUUGGUAGCUGAGUUUAUAGUGUCCUAUAGGACAAACAAUUUUUCAUUUGUCUUAUGGAUCCAUCAAAUAUUAAAAGUACUAAUAAUCAAAAGUUUGUUAUAAA